UAAGGGAAGUGACGUGACCUCACAACCCGGAAAAAGGCACAAAUAACAGCCGGAGAUUUGGCUUUCUUUGACGUCUUGCUUCAUAUUUAACGACAAGGAUCAGAGUGAGCAGAAUGGCCACAGACUGGUUGGGUAGUGUUGUGUCUAUAAACUGUGGGCUGACGUUGGGAGUUUAUCAGGGAGAGGUGUCAUCUGUUGAUCGGGCCAGCCAGACCAUCUCACUGAGAGAGCCCUAUCACAACGGGGUCAGGUGUCCUCUUCCUGAGGUCACAUUCAGUGCCAUGGAUAUCAAGGAGUUGAAGUUCUUAGAUAUCCAGAAUGCAGUCAGUAAGCCCGGUUCUGGUCUGGGAGCUGCAACAGAAGCCACCUUUGGACCCGCUGGGCGUCACUGUCAGACUAACAGGAGCAUUCAUCCUCAUGUAACAAGCAGCAGCUCUCAUGCCAGCACUGCUCCAAUCACCAUCCUGCGCAGAGCCCCUGCAGGGUCAUCUAACAGCAGGGGGGCAGCUCAGGCCACAUCAAGGAAAAACUGCAUGAGGAAUGGAGGCGCUGGAGGUCCAAUGAGACAAAAAGAUGACGAGUGCUUCGGAGACGGGACUAAUGAGGACCUGGACACUGACUUUGACUUCGAGGGAAACCUGGCUCUCUUCGACAAAGCCGCCGUCUUCUCCAAGAUUGAUGGGACCAACAGCCACAGCAGUAGGGCACAGCAUCACAGCACGCAGGCUGAACAGAAGCCCCUGUCCUACCGCCAUGAUGAGAAUAUUCUGGAGGGCAAGCCUGUCAUAUACCGGCAGAUAACAGUGCCUCAACAUGGGGGUAAAGAGUACUGUACUGACUCAGGCCUGGUGGUUCCAAGCGUGCCCUAUGAGCUUCAUAAGCGUCUGUUAGCAGCUGCAGAGCGCUGGGGCCUGUCUAUCGAGCGCAGGCUGGAGACGAUAGGUGUUUGCUCCAGUCAGAUGGCUCUCACUCUGCUGGGCGGACCAAACAGGCUCACCCCAAAAAAUGUCCACCAGAGGCCCACUGUGGUCCUUCUGUGUGGCCCCCACAUCCAGGGGGCCCAGGGCAUCAGCUGUGGUAGACACUUGGCCAACCAUGAAGUGGAGGUCAUCCUGUUCCUGCCCAACUUUGUCAAGAUGCAGGAGUCAGUCACCAGGGAGGUCAACCUCUACAGCAGGACGAGCGUCAAGCAGGUGGCCAGUAUCAAAGAUCUGCCUGCAAGCCCCGUUGAUCUGGUUAUCAACUGCCUGGAUUGCCAUGAGAACCCACUGCUGAGGGAACAGUCCUGGUACCAAUCAGCCGCUGACUGGGCCAACCAGAACCGGGCUCCAGUCCUCAGUAUCGAUCCUCCAGUCGGUGAACAGCAUCAGACUGUCGAGGCGAAGUGGACCAUGUCUUUGGGCCUGCCACUACCUUUACCUGAAAGAGAGAGCAGGGUCUACCUCUGUGAUAUUGGCAUCCCUAAGAUGGUUUUCCAGGAAGUUGGGAUCAACUACCACUCACCCUUUGGAUGUAAAUUUGUCAUCCCUCUGCACCCAGCAUAACAGAGUACCAACUAUAUGACCAAAUCAAUGUUAUUAAGUGUAUACGCAGGUCUGGGGGCAUCGUCUGAAAGACUGAGCUGCAGGUUUUUCUUCUUAGCUCCUGGAAACUCCCAUGGGUUGCUGCAUGUUGCGUGCGACACUUCUUGUUUUUGAGAGGAGAAGGUUUCCUGUUCUUUGGUGUGUUUUGAUAAGGGCUCCAUGACUAUGUGAAUAUGUUUACAAAAUGCUGACCACUGUGAGUCUAUCUGUGACCUCUGACCCCAGGACCAGCACCAGAGACACAGUUCCUGUUUCCUCCUGUAGAUUGCAUGUGGAGUCUGGUCCUGACCCUGUGACCCGGCGCACAGCUCAGCCUAAUGUUGUCUGCCAACCCAAACCCACCUCUCAUCUGUCCCACAGUUGACGUCCAUGUCCUCUGUCUUUCAAUUUAUUGCAGAUUUUUACUUACCCAAAUGGGUGUGUUUUGUCUAAUUAUGGUUGUAGUAUGUCACACUGAAAAGGUGAUAUUACAAAGAAUCUAUAUUUGUAUUUAUUUUUCAAACACAUCUCAGGAAUAAUGCAGUUUUAAAAUGUAAAUACUUCAUAUUUGCAUUUACAUUA